GGAAUGGGGAGUGGGGGACGAUGACGAGUGAGUGACGAACUGACAACUGAUCUGUGAGUUGUGGCGACUUCCCGACCGACCUUUGUGGUACCGGGCUGUAACAGUGCGUGCAUGACUGGCAAUGGAAAGGUGACAGUCAUGAUACCAGCAACCAGCAAGUACUCUAUAGUACUCGCAUCGAGUAGCCAUAUCAUGAAAGUCAGUUGCGGAAACACGAACCCACCAACAAAUUUUUCGAUGCUUCAACGUCAUCCCCGUCUUUCCUCAUUCUCCUCUCAUCCUUUCCGCCCUUCCACAGGAAGAGCUUUCCACUAGCUCCACCGAACCGAUAAAAUGCUGCAUGUAAAGCGUUGAUAUAUCUCAUCACCGAUUCAAUCUCGACACCAUUCGCCUUCCCGUACAAUUCGACCUAUCGGUGAGUCCAGGUCACGAACGUUGAAUCCCACUAACGAUCCCCAAGUCCAGAUACCAAAGCAAAUGUCAACCCAUACCAUCACAGCUCCCAUUCCGACCUACGCCCACAGGACCCUCCACCGCUCCUGCCCCGCCCCCGCCCCCGCCUCCGUCCCGCAUGACCAUGACCAUGACAACCCAUCUCCCCCCGCCCGACCUGUCCACCGUCCACGUACGACCAGAUCUGGUGGAAGGGAAGGAGGACAAGAACGGUGGUUCGAAUUCCAUCCUCUGCACCAUCCCGCUCCGAGGCGUGUGUCGGACUUUGCAGUGCAUUUGCAGGAUGUUAUUGAUAUGAUUGAUAAAGACCCAGGAGAGAGCGAGGGAGUAGGGGAGAGGGAGAGGGAGGGGGAGGGGAAGAAGAUGUCGGAUUUUGAGACGCCGGCUGGUUCGCCGGCUUCGUCGCCCGUGUUUCGCACGUCUUCGUCUUCGUCGUUCGGUUUUGUGAGCCGGCCGUCUCAGCUUGGCUUGACGUCUGUCGUGUCGGAGGAGGAGGAAGCGGGUGGGGUUGAAGAGGGUGUUCCCGCUGAGAGGAAAGAUGAUGAUGUUGCUAAGCAUGCGGAUACCGAACCCGAGGCAGUGACCGACGGCGGAAAGGCCGUCCAACCUUUCAAGAAUUCCGCGCCCAGGGUUCCAUCCCCGCCUCGUCUCUCAGCGUUCAGACGCCGAGCCGCCACUCUACCCUCAACUCCCCAAUUCCUCGCAUCCCGCCAAACCCAAACCCAAAUCCACCGUCCCCACGCCCCACCCCCCCUCUGUCCUCUCCCAACCCGUCCCAUAUUCAAGCAGGAAGCCUUCAAAACCGCCGAAGACAAGGUCCACAACUAUAUCAAACAUUAUCAGACGCGUCCAUGGACGGAAAUGGAAGAAGCGCCGGAUUAUUUCUUGUUUGGGUGGAGGAAUGAGGUGAUUGCGAGUUGGAAUAGGUUUUAUAGUAAGGAGAAUGAGGCGAAGAGGAGGGCGGUGAGGGGGAGUGUGAGUUUGCCUGGUUAG